AUGGGCUCCGCCAUCAGGCUCGACGAUCCCGAACUCCACACCACAAAGCUAUCGCACGACGACGCCGAGUUUUGGCGCCAGAAUGUCAGCGACCUGCUCCAGCAACGCAGCACCAAGUUCCCCGGCGCUCAGCCUGUGUCGUUCGCGCGAAAGCACCUGCGCGAACUGAAAGAGCAAGACUACUAUGUGGCUGAGAAGACGGAUGGUAUAAGAUGCCUCCUCUACCUCGACCAGACCCUCGCGGAAGGCGGCCAACCGCAAGAAGCUCAAUUCUUGAUUGAUCGCAAGAACGAUUACUACUACAUAUCGAAUGGAUGGCUCUCUGUACCACUGCCGAACAAAGAUGAGCGUACAGGCAAGCCGCGAGUCCCGGCAUACCACAUUCAGACCUGGCAUCGUGGCACAAUACUAGAUGGAGAGCUCGUGCGGCAGGUCCACAAGCACGGCACACAGCAGCUGACAUACUUGAUGUUCGACAUACUCGCGUUGGAUCGUCAGUCUGUCAUGGACAAGCCCUACAACAGUCGAAUUGGGCGCUUCAAGACCGCCGUGUACGAGCCAUGGAAAGCUUUCGCGAAGGAUUGGCCUGGAGAAGCAAAGUUACAACCCUUCCACCUCAGUGUCAAGAAUCCCCAGCUCAGCUACGGCAUCGAGAUGAUGUUCAAAGACGUUAUCCCCACGCUUCCACACGGCAACGACGGUCUGAUCUUUACCUGCCUUGGUACAGGCUACGUGCCCGGCACCGACAAGCACAUCCUCAAAUGGAAACCGCCGCACGAAAACACCGUCGACUUCCGCCUGCAAUACUGCGAACACCCCAAAGAAGUCGACGACGAAGGCGAGUACGAGGACUACGAGCAACCACCCCGCAUCGAGCUGCACGUCAACGGCGGACCCAACAACAUGAAAGGCUACCACAACUUCGCCGAGCUGCACCUCACGCAGGAAGAGUGGAAUGCCAUCAUGGCCAAGCGCGAGAUGAUCGACUGGCGCAUCAUCGAAUGCUGGCGUGACGCCGACACUGGGCACUGGAGACCCAAGCUAGACGAUGGCUACCCGCGCUUUCGCGACGAUAAGACUGACGCGAAUCAUUAUAGCGUGGUGACGAGCGUGAUUGAGAGUAUCGAAGAUGCGGUGUCGGAGCAGGAUCUUAUAAGAGAGGCAGGCGAGAUCAAACGCAAUUGGAAAGCAAGGCAGGCUGAGCAGGAGCAGAAGCAGAAGGCCAGACAGGAAGAAGAGCAGCGGAGGAGGCAUGAGGCUGCUAAGGCGCAGCAGGCUCACCAACAGCAGGCCCCGUCGAAGAAGGAGGAGGUCAAAGAGGAGGAAGAUGAUGGGCCGAGAUAUGAGGACUAG